CUCAACAUCACAUCAUCUGAGUUGCCGCUCCUACCAACGCUGUCAUCGCUGUGAUUUGUGAUUAUCGUGCUGCCAGAGUGCUGGCACCCAGACCCAGACCAUCAGUCCACUCUGUGCUGCUGUUUACAAAACAAGUGCGAUAAGAUAGAAGCAUUUCGAGCUCUCGACCAUUCGAGGUGCUCCAGGGACUGCGAGAUUAGCUGAGCGCGUGCGUGCCAGUUCUUGUGGUGCGGUCUAUCUUGUUCUUAUCACCGAAAAAAGGACCGUGUGCCGUGAAGCAACUCCACCAGAUCGAGAAUGAGAAACCGACUGAUUGAUCAGGUCCGUGAGGAUGGGUUCGCCGUUAUCGACGAUUUCCUGACACCAGAAGAGGUGAGCGAGCUGCUGCAGGUGGGCCAAAACCUGCACAAAGAUGCACCGAAGGAGGAGCGCAAGGUGUUCAGCGCAAACGCCGGUGGCAAAUCGGCUCAGAGCAAGGAACAAUACUUCCUGGAGAGUGCCGAUAAGGUGCGCUACUUCUUCGAGGAGGGUGCAAUCGGUGAAAACGGCGAACUGCUGGUCGAUCCGGCCUUUUCACUCAACAAGGUAGGCCAUGCGCUGCACAGCGAGCAUCCGGCCUUCGAGGGAAUCACCUUCUCGAACCGUGUGAAGGAGGUGUGCUGGCAGCUUGGCUUCCGACGGCCCGCGGUCGCGCAGAGCAUGUACAUUUUCAAGAAUCCCGGCAUUGGCGGCGAGGUGAAGCCACACCAGGACGCCACCUACCUCUACACCGAGCCCAGCACAACGGUCGGGUUCUGGAUACCGCUGGAAGACGCCACACUGCAAAACGGAUGUUUGCACUUCAUCAAGGGAUCACACAAAAGUGGCGUACAUCGACGAUGGGUACGAAACACCGAUGCGUCCUCCGAAGAGCUGCUGAUCUACGAUCGACCGGCACCGCUGUACCCGCAGUCUAACUUUGUGCCGGUCCCGGUGAAGGCCGGUUCGUGUGUGCUCAUCCACAGCCAGGUCGUGCACCGGAGCGAUGCGAACAAGUCUGACCGCAGCCGGCACGCGUACACCUUCCACGUGAUCGAAACCGAAGACUGUGACUAUUCCAAGGAGAACUGGCUCCAGCCGACGGAGGAUCAUCCGUUUCCGGUACUGUACGAGCGGGAUUGAUCCGGUGUGGUGCCCGGGGGGCCUAUGCGUGUGAUAAGCUCUUCUUCUCUUCCCUGUUCGCUUGUCUAUUCUAUUUACCUCGACUUAAGAGAUUAUGCUGUAACGUGCAACACGUGGGGAUCGCUCCCCUCGCACGAUCUUCGAUCGAUAAGGGAUAAUAGUGGCCUCGCAGGCGGCUGUUUUUUUCCUUUGGUUCCAUUAUGCUACCCAUGAAUUAAAGAUAUGCUCCCCGUGCCAUAGAUGUGUUUAUACAUGUACACAUAUACACAUACAUAUAUAUACCGUGCGUCUGAUGCGCCUCCGUGAAGUACGCCACUGGUGCAAUCGAAUGCGAUCGACCGUUUAUCGAGUGUGCUAAAGUGCAACAUAUAUUAUUGUAAAAAAAAAACAAAGGAAAUCAACUAAUAAAAAAAGGACUGAACGAAACA